UGCUGGUUUACGCCGAAGAAAAAGACCCAAAAUGUCUCUUUUAUGACCUAAUAUUAAUUUUCUCCGGAGAUGUUGCCUAACCUGCUGAGUUACUCCAGCACUUUGUGUCCUUUUGGGUGAAGCAGCAUCUGCAGUUCCCUGUUUCUACAACAGGAGGGACUUAAACUACUCCUUCAGCACAUUCCACCAUUCAGUGAGAUUAGGGCUUCAUAUUAUCAUAUUAGCAUUGUCCUCUGUUUAGCACCUUGGAUAGAACUUUGCUCCGUUCAUAAAACAAUGAAUCCUCCCAACAUCGCAUUGCAAAACUACAGUUGCCAACUUGGAAAAUGAGGCAGGUUUGAACCGCUGUAGAAACAAAGAACUACAGUCUGAAGAAGUUGUCCCGAUCCGAAACGGCACCUAUCCAUGUUCUCCAGGAAUGCUGCCUGCCCUGCUGAAUUACUCCAGCACUCUGUUUCCUGAGGUUUGAACCCCUCGUAAAUAAGGUCUUGUUUAUCUUGGAGCUCACGGACGCACACCUCCAACUGGAAAACCAGACAUGAGCGGUUUGUUGAAAUACCUCUUUGGUUGCUUCAUCCUGUGUCUGCUGUUGCAAGGCAAGACACAUAUGACAUCAGCAACAAUCAGCAAACCACAUGAGACAAUUGGCAUCGGGAAGCAGAACAUGACUGGAGAACGGAACAGUACAUUAGCUCAGCAGUUAUCCUUUCUGAUGGAAGAUCCCACUAACUGGAACUAUGCGAUAUUGGCCCUUGCAUUUGUGGUUCUGUUUCUGGCAUUCCUCAUCCUGGCACAAAACUCCAGAGCUAACAGGUCACGAAAGAUGAAGGCAUUGAACGGAGCAGAGGGCAGGAAUGAAACGGAGGCAGACUCUACACAGAAGGCAAUGAUGCAAUAUGUUGUUGAGGUUGACAAUCUUGCUGAAACAGACCAGAUGCUACAGAGCAAGCCGACGUACAUCUCCCUGAACCAGGUGGCACAGACCUCAUCUCCAAAGGUCCUCCCAAAAGAAGGACAGAUCCUGGUCGAAUGGAAGGAUGGAAACAUUGGCUUCCUUUACACCGACAGCAAGGAAGAUGAUGUGUAGCAACCAGCUACAGGAGGGUGGUUGGCCUAAAUCAUUCCAUUACAAGAGUUAUUGACAUAUCUUUAUAAGUGUUUCUUUAUAAAUAAUCAGGUAACAAUCGGUUUAUGGAGUGGGGAUAAGCGGGUAAAGCAUUGGAUUAUUGCUGGGAAUAUUAUCAUUCAUAAUUUACUCAGGAUUUGGAAAUAAAAAUUGGCAUGAAAA